CGCAGCGCAUCACCUGUCACACGCAGUGUGACUAUUAUCGAACCUGUAAACUACAGUAUUACGCAACAAUACGCACAAUCCAUAACAGUAUGUUCACAAUCCAUUUCUAUGGAGAUGGAAUGUUUGAUUUCUCCAGAAUGUCAGAAUGUUAGCUAAAAACAUUAGUUUGCGCCAACCCAAGCACGAACACAUUUGCGAAUUAGCUACGAUUACUCAUCUUUAUUUUGAGUUAUUGUCAAAAGUCCAUCUAUCAUUUCCUCAAAUAAUUCAUGGAUUUUAGCAAUAAAAUCCCGCGUGCCCUUUCUACAUCUGCACAGAUGUUCAGUCUGAGUGCUGAAUACCGGCAGACUGUAGAGCGGUGCUGGGACAAGAACUACUACAAUGAGCAGAAGAAGCUGAUGAAGCAGUUUUUGGUGCUCCAGAGACAAGGCCUCCAGAGUCAUGUCCCUCACCACACCACCGUGGAGGACAUGAGCAACUGGCUUAUUAAGAACAAGUCCCUGGAGCGAGCCCCAGUACUGCAAAACGAUGAUGAGGAAGUGAAUCGCUGGUUGGGGUUCAGAAAGGAAGCAGAGGAAGGGAAUGACAUUAGUCACCUGACCUGGGAGGUGAACACUCAACUCAGAAUGAGGGACGUUGAACAUGAGGCUUUUACUGAGUUGGCCACCGACCUUAGUCAGGCCAUUAACUCACUUGACUUUACUGCUGAUCUCUCCUACCUAAACCCUGAGGUCUGCGAUGAAGUUGUAAGAGCUCGAAAGACCAUUUCCCAGAGCCUGGCCUUCCAGCCGUACUCCGAGCUGUGCUGUCCCUCUAAGGUGGUGGUGGACAUCGUGUCCAGGCUGCUCCAGGCCCUCUGGUCCUGCCAGAUGGAAAGCCCCUGUGACCGGUCCUCCAUGGCCCUGAGUGACAUGAGUGUCACCAUAGUGCUGGCAGUAGUGGAGAACCUCUCUAGAGUUCUGAAGGCUCCUCCUGUCGCUCAAGUCUACUACUCCCGUUCCACUGGUGUCAGGAUGGUCCACUCACUCAACCGUAAGAUCCAGUGCCUAAACAGCCCUGAGGACCUUAGGAGAGCUCUUUUCACCCAAAGUUCCACCUUGAUCAGCACCAUCAUUGAAGCUGUGAGCACCAAAGUCCAGAGGCUGUUUGAAGCUCCUGCUGACUACAUUCCAUUAAGCUCUAUCCGCAGCUGGCUAUCAGAGCCCAAGGCAAGCGAGGUUCGUCCAAAGUGCCCUGACCAGCUGGUAAUCUCCUCGGAGCUCCUGAGGAACAUCAUUGGUAUGAUAGUUUAUGUAGUCUUCGAAGGCCACCUAGAGGAAGACAUCAACCUUCAUUACUGGCCCCUCAUAAACGACAUAAUCCACCAGCUGUCACUGUGUGGGGUCAAAGUCACAAAGAAAGGGGGCAAGGCCAACUGGCACAUUGGCUGGUACCAGAUCCUUGAGAUGGUGACAAAUAUCCAUACUCAUCUUCAUUACUAUACUGGCACAGAGAUGGUACUAAAGUUGGCAACAUCUGCCAGGGCCACCAUGCUAACGAGGCACAUGGUUCACCAUGUGGUCGAGGAGCUGGUAAAGCUGAAGGACGUGGAUGAAGGGACAUUAGCUUCAGGGAGCAGUGAGUCUGUCACAGCACCCCUAAUCACUAACCCCGUCAAAGUGGACAACAUCACAACAAACAUGACCACGACUCCAGUUGACCUCCAGUCAGGCUUUGCCCCGGCACCAUGCAUAUUACCCCCAGGCUUUGCCACUGCAUCCUGCAUCCCACCACCGGGCUUUGCCCCAGCAUCCUGCACCCUACCACCAGUCUUUGCCCUGGCAUCACGCCCACUCCCAGCAGGAUUUUCCCCGGCAUCAUGUCCCCCACCACCAGGCUUUGCCCCUCUAUCCUUCCCCCCACCACCAGGCUUUGCCCCUCUACCACCAGGCUUUGCCCACUUCCCCCCCACCACCAGGCUUUGCCCCUCUAUCCUGCCCCCCACCACCAGGAUUUUCCCAGGCAUCAUGCCCCCCACCACCAGGCCUUGCCCCCAACACCAGGCCUUGCCCCUCUAUCAUGCCCCCCACCACCAGGCUUUGCCCAUCUAUCCUGCCCCCCACCACCAGGCUUUGCCCAGGCAUCCUGCCAGCCACCACCAGGCUUUGCCCUUGCAUCCUGCACCCUACCACCAGUCUUUGCCCCGGCAUCAUGCCCACUCCCAGCAGGCUUUUCCCCGGCAUCAUGUCCCCCACCACCAGGCUUUGCCCCUCUAUCAUGCCCCCCACCACGAGGCUUUGCCUCUCUAUCAUGCCCCCCACCACCAUUCUUUUCCCCUCUAUCAUGCCCCCCACCACCAGGCUUUGCCCUUCUAUCCUUCCCCCCACCACCAGGCUUUGCCCCUCUUUCAUGCCCCCCACCACCAGGCUUUGCCCCGGGAAAGCUUUCCCCCGGCAUCUUGCCACCCACCACUCACUAUCGCAGAUCAUAUCUGCACUCUAAUUCAGAGCAUCACUGCCAGAUCCAACAACAUCGUCAACAAGGAGCUGGAGAAGUGUAUCGACUCUUAUAGUAAGAGCAUCUGGGCUGACACUUUCUACUGCGAGUACAUGAAGAUGUACCCAUCACCCCAGGGGAUUGAAGCCUUCUCAUUUGAUGAGGAGAGAUUUUUAGUGGUGGCCAACAUAAUCGGCAGAAUAUUGCUGAACAAUCUCCAGCUGGAGAUGCUCCUCUCAGUGGAAGACUUUAAUGUGGAUGAAGUAGGGAGCAGUGGGUCUGUGGACUUGAACCUGGCGAUCCCAGAGACCCCUAACCCUGUCAAAGUGGUAGACAUCACAACACCCCUGACCACUAAUCCAGUCAACCUUGAGGUUUUGGAUGAAACACUUGUCCUUCAGUCAGGCUUUGCCCUGGCAACCUACACCUCGACGCCAAGCUUUGUCGCAAAUGCCAUGCAGGGCUUUGGCACCAAAGUCAUCCUGAAACAAAUGGUCCUGCUAUAUUCUUGGAGAGGCUCCCUCCUUCGUCAGAGGACCUUGAGUCAGAGUUCCUGA